CGGAUUUCACUAAUGCGUUUAAAGAAAUAAACGAAAUACGCGUGGAUGUUACUUCUGUUUAUUUCAAAUGACUUGAAUAAGGUUCUGAUGCUGGUGCAUUUUUCUUCACACCGGUCAUGCCGUCUGUGAUGACCUCAACAGUGAUGCUGAUGUAGAGCAUUGACCGGAACACAAGGUUAUCUCGGUCGUCGGGACAGAAAUUAUAUAUUCAAGACAAGAAAUAUGGGAGAAAUACCGUGGUAUAGCAAAUAUAUUCGGUCAGAUCCUGAUAUAACCGGGUGAAUAAAAAGCAGAAAAUGAAUUGAAAUGGCUGUCGUGCUUGCUAUUGUCUUUGCAUGAAUUUUGACACUCAAAUGUUAAGUAACUCCAUUUGUUUCAGGAUUGAACGUUAAAAAAGCCUGACAGUGGAUAGCCGGUUAGCGCGCGGUGGUACAGAAUGCUCGUCACGCGUUGAUCAAGCGGCUGCCCCCUUGCGCUUGUAAGUGGUACAGCAAUCGCCAUUGAAUUAACAACGUGAAACUUUCGUGAGACUUUAGUCGGAGUUUUUGUCCCGGUGUGUUUCUGUAAAUCUGCAGCCCUACACGUUACUUGCUUAUGGCGCUGAGACCGAUCAAACUCCUCCACCAUCUGUGGAAACAAACCUGGGUGGCCAGAGCUCGGAGUAACGUUACUACAUCGAGGAUCAUGCGUCCCGAUGAUGCCAACAUUGUUGGCAAUGUUCAUGGUGGCACUAUCCUGAAGAUGAUUGAGGAAGCAGGAUGCAUCAUUGGCACACGCCACUGCAACACUCAAAACGGGGAUCGUUGUGUGGCUGCUCUGGCUCGGGUGGAGCGCACAGACUUCCUGCACCCAAUGUUCAUCGGCGAAGUGGCCCACGUCAGUGCUGAGAUUACCUACACCUCCAAACACUCGGUCGAGGUGCAGGUCAAUGUCCUCUCAGAGAACAUAGUCACAGGUGCCAAAAAAUUGACCAAUAAGGCAACGCUAUGGUAUGUCCCUUUCUCCCUUCAAAAUGUGGCUAAAAUCAUUGAAGUUCCUCCUAUUGAGUACUCCAGCCCAGAACAAGAGGAAGCAGGUAAAAAGAGAUAUGAGGCUCAGAAAUUAGAGCGAUUAGAGACCAAGGAGAGGAAUGGGGAGAUCAUCAUGUCUGUCUCUCUUCCAGAACCCUACACGGUUGCAUUUAGUCAGUCGAGUCUGAUCCACCUUGUCGGCCCAUCUGACUGCACUCUGCAUGGCUUUGUACAUGGAGGUGUGACCAUGAAACUGAUGGACGAGGUGGCAGGGAUUGUUGCUGCUCGUCAUUGCAAGACCAACAUUGUGACGGCAUCUGUAGAUGCCAUUAACUUUCAUCGUAAGAUCAAGAAAGGCUGUGUCAUUACUAUUUCGGGCCGAAUGACCUUCACCAGUAAUAAGUCAAUGGAGAUUGAGGUUUUAGUAGAUGCUGACCCACUUGUGGAGGCUGAGAAGGGGAAAUAUAGGGCUGCCACAGCCUUCUUCACCUACAUCUCCCUGGACAAAGACAACAAGCCCCUUCCUGUGCCACCACUGAAGCUGGACGGUGAAGAGGAGCAGAAGCGGUUUGAAGAAGGGAAAGCACGCUACCUGCAGAACAAGGCAAAGAGACUCGCAGAUAAGGAGCGACAACAAUGACUUUUACCGCACAAACACCAUAUUGUGUUGUAGAUGAAUAGUAUUUAAUAAUAGAGCCUCAACGUACAACAUACUAUAUAAAGAACCUCUGCUUUAUCCCACAUGUAGCUCACUAAAUAGAAAGAUAUAUAAAUACAGUAUAUAUAGGAAAAGUAUAUAGGUUUAAUUGAAUUUUCUGAGUUUUCCAAAGAACUUGUCUAUGUAUCUUAAGCGAAAAAAAAAAGAUAUAUAUAUAUAAUUUAUGUUUUGUUGUAAAGAAUUAUUUGUGAAAUGUGCAGAGCUGUAUUAUGCACUAAUAAAAGCAUGCUAAUUCAACUACAACUGG